AUGGCAGCGUACUUCUUCGCAGUGGCAUCUUUCUGCUCCAUUGUCACCAUUGCCGUUGACAGACUCCUCGCUGUUUCACUGCACCUCCGUUAUCGUGAGUUUGUGACAAUGAAGCGUGUUCUCAUCGUUUUGUUUAUGCUAUGGUCGACCAGCGGGUUAAUGGCAUUGGUUUACAUCUUGCUACCAAACUACAAUGACAUCGUAGCUGUGGUACUGGAGGUUUUGGGGCUCCUUGUGACAAGUGUUGCCUACUUUCAGAUCUUCAAAGUUGCCCGGUAUCAUCAAAAUCAAAUAGAAGCACAAUGUCAAAUUACGACAGAUCUGGAAAAAAUGAGAGUGGGACGGGUUAAAAGGUCGGCGUAUAAUGCAUUUUAUGUUUAUGCUGUUUUUGUCACAUGUUAUUUACCUAAUAUAUUUUGCGGGAUAUUGUUAGUGACCUCUGAAUCCAGUAUGUCACUUAUAACAGCUUUUUAUGUCACAAUUUUGCUGAUCUAUCUCAACUCUUCAGUGAAUCUUGUGGUCUAUUGCUGGCGAUAUCGCGAGAUUCGGGAAACUGUGAAAAAGAUUUUCACUAAGGCAUGCAAAAGAAAUAGAAAUGGAACAAUCGAUUUGACGAACUUGACAAUUCAAGAACCGAGAACAAGCUGGUUUCAAAGAAGUGAAGUGUAA